AUGAGCGACAUCGAUGAACCGAUGGAAGACUCCAGAGUGGCUGAACUUGAGCGUCUGUUGUUGGAAGAGCCGUCAGCUUCCGACCAAAUCGCUUCUCUUAAAGCGUCGGUUGACACUCUAGUUGGCACGGUCAAGGAAAUCGCACAUAAGAGUGCUCUACAGGUACGGAUAUCGCAUGAUCUUAUGCUUGAUAAAGUACAAACAUUCCGAGACGUGCCUAAAACUAUCAUAGGCCGCGUGAGUCAAGCUCUGCCUUUAGAGAGAAGGCAUGAAAUAGAGGAAAUUUUUAGUACUCAAUUCGACAAUGACCUCAAAGCUCUGGAAGGAGAGUUGAAUAAACUGACUUUUGUCUGUGAACGCCUACGUUCUGUAAGCGCGUCAGUAGAUCAGCUAGUCCCGGUGUCAGUGAGCGAAUUGCUAGCACAAGCAGAAUAUGACGACAGCUGUAUGCGCCAAUUAGCGCUACUACUCAAAGUAGACACGACACAGGUGGUGGAAAAAGUAUCAGCACUCCUAAAAGCAGUCUCGGCAAAAUCUGAAACCAACACUGUAGUGCCACCACAUGUUCAAGCUGAGUCUGUUCAGGUGCCACAGCAGGCAACAGCGUCGUCAAGUGCAGCAUCGAAUGCCUCGGUGAUUGAGCAACUCAACCGGUUUGAGUUUGAUAAUUUGGAAUAUCACGCCACAUUCGAUCCUAUCGCAGCUGCGCAAGGUGAGCAGCGUAGUCGACAGAAUCCUACGCAAGACUUUGUUCAAGUGAUGCCUAGCGGUCUAAAUGAGGUAUUUCAGCCAGAAAAGAGGAGCAAGCCGCCGCAGAGGCAGAAGGAGUCCCUCUGGAAAGAGACGGUGCCGAAAGUCAUGCUCCAAGGUGAGUGUAAUAGAACUCCGUUGGGUUCAAUGCAAGGGUUUGAAAUGGCUCGAAUGUUUGCUGCGCUGACCCUGCCCGACGUGAAAGUGUAUAAUGACCCGAAUGGUAGAGAAUUCGGGGACUUUCUCGCUCAGUUUAGACUGAAAUACCAAGGGCUAGGACUUGACGAUGACAUGCUUGUGCACUUACUAUUUUCAAAAUUGGAUGGUUUUCCUCGGUCAGUGGCAGAGGCACUACCCAGAUCGGUCAAAGUAGCAGGUUUCAAGGCAAUAGUCGAGGCUCUGCAAGACAAAUUCAGAGAAAACGAAUCCUCCACGCAAAUGAACGCCUAUAUGAAGCUGAAGACGUUGCGCAUGGAAAAAGACGUGACAAGCUACUGCGUCGAAUUAGAGAAGAUCACGCAAAGAGCUUAUCCCGAAGCUUCCGAAAAGGAGCUGUCGCGCACAAGAGCAUCGGAACUGGUCGCACAAUUGUCGAACUGGCCAGAAUACCUUCAGCUGUACACGACCAUGGAGUUAGCGCCAAAAGAACAUGCAUACGAAAUGGUUAAAAGCAUGGCGCAAAGAUGUGAGCGUAGCAGAGCACUUGCGAUUGCAACCAAGAAAACCCUAGAUGCCUCGAAGUCACAACGUUCUAUCCCGGAAGAACGUGGACCUGGAGAGAAAAAUCGUCCACAGUCCAGACAAAAGCAGGAUGUCUCUUCUGCACCCACAGCUACCCAGAGCAAGGACAACCGAGCUCAGAAACGGGUACCAAAGUGUUUCAAAUGCAACGAGUGUGGACACUUUUCACGAGACUGCAAGAAAUCCGUUGGGGCUAAGCUGAAAACAUGCCCGAAAACAACUGAUGAGGCCUCCUCAAAUGGGCCACGUGUUUUCACUGCGUCUCUGAACAAAGAGAAAUAUGUAGCGGACGGAACGCCAUCGAGAUGCGAAGAUCUGGUAGGGGAGCGGAUGACGACUACUGUGAGAUUACUAGGAAUCUCGCGGACUGCGCUCCUAGAUACUGGAUCACAGAUAAGUAUAAUACCACUCGAAGUGCUGCGAGCUGGUCAAACAUCUGGUUUCGAUUUCGAUGAGGACGUUGAGCAAUUCCCGCUAGAGAAUACAGCACCAAUCUUUGAUGCCUCAGGCAACAAGAUGCAGUUCGAGGGAGCAGUGAGAUUGACAUUGGAACUCGAGAAAGGCGAGAGACGCCGGGUUGCGUUGUUCGUAAAGGCUGGAAGAGACGAUACGUUAGUUUUGGGAACUAACGCUCUGAAACCUCUUGGAGUCAGUCUUAUUACCAAGGGUAUUGGUCAUACCCGCAAGCAACACCUCGAGGAUACACAAUGUAAGGUCACCACAAAAGAGAAGCGCAGUAUGCGCGCAAGACGAAGGAAAUCGCCAACUAGUGGACAAGCGGUAGUCACUAAGCGAACAUACCUUCGGCCAGGCGAAACAAAAAUGCUUCCAGUGCGCUGCGCUAAGACCAGAAAGGAAGGGAUCCUGUGGUCAAAAAGCAGUUUAGUACCGAAUAUAAUUUGUCACAAGGCAAGCCACUCCCUGGAAAUCCCCAUUACCAACGACUUUGCAGGAGCAAAAAUUUUUCGGGAGGGGGAGGAGGUAGGCACCUAUGAGCCGGUCAAGAUACGCGAAGCAGAGCCCGUGAAGUGUUACGGUGAUAUGCUCGAGCGUACGGCCGAUGUGAUCAAAAACCGGGAAGAAAACUGCUGCGACUAUUGUACGAGAAGAAAAAGUGGUGAAGCAAGAAGAAGUGAUGUUUUUGCUGUCACUGAACAAGAACUGACCCAAACUACACUAGUCGAGCAUUCGAUCGAAACUGGUGAUGCAAAACCGAUCAAACAAAAGGCACGUCCGAUACCGUUAUCUACCCGGGUAGAACUUCGUCAGAUACUGGGCGACUUGCAGGGGAGAAAGAAAAAAGACGGCACGCUUAAGGUUAUGCGUGGACUACCGGAAGGUGAACCAGGUAACGAAGACGGACAGUUAUCCCGCUGCCAACCAUUGAUACAAUCUUGCAAAUUGCCAAUAACGUGUAAUGUGAUAUAUGUUUCCAGGACUCUGCUCGGUGUCGACAACGCGCUGAACUUACGCCACCGAUGCCCAUGUGGAUUGUUCGGACAAAUGGCUCAUGUCGCGCUGCCGGGAUUGACGCACCCGAUGGCCAGAUCCAAGAAAGUCCACGACAUGUUCCAGCUUGCAAACGUCGCAUCGAUAGCUGAGCAAGCCUGUUGGGGCGAUGAGAGAAAGGAGGAGGAACUGAGGAAAAAGAGUUCCUGUUACAUCACGCCUUAUGGAUUGGCGCUGGCCGUUGACGCUCACCGUCGUCGCUGUCACACAUAUGCUGAAGCGGUGGAGAAUGCAAAAGGCCAGAGGUUCGAACACCCAGCUGUAUUUCCGUGGCCAGUCCCAUAUGACUUGGGAGCCCACCUUACAACUGCAAUUGCUCUUCAAGGGAAGCUGCGCAUACCCGGCACUACUGUCAACAAGGAGCCGGAGAUCUUCAUCGCAUUGCCACCCGCUUUUGGGAGAGUGAAUGCCGACGUUGAUUACGCGGAUAACAUUACGCCGUACGUGUAUGCAGACUGGAGUGCGCUCGCCCAUAAGUUGAUCUCUAUGCCGAUCGUCACGUCCAUUAUCAUUGUGUGGCCAGACACGACACCAGAAAGUCGUCAGAUGCGCCAAGUCCUCAUCGCACUCGAACGUCAUUUGCAGCCCGGAGGCUCGCUAGCCUUCUUUCCGAGUCCGUACGAAGAUGAUAAUAAUGCAGAGUGGACGCACAUGGGAAGAAUAUGCGCUGAAUAUGUGCGCUACAUGACAGCUCCACAACGCGUAUUCGAAGCUAUCGUGAGAGAUCACUAUAGUGAUGUCCUAGAAGGAGCGCCGUACACCCACCCUGCCGGAUGUCUGGGUACGCACCCGCGUCGCGCCAAGUGCCAGUUCGGUGGUUACCAGAUAAGACUGUUUCUGGACAAGCUGCGCCUUACGGUCAACGACUUGAUCAAGAUGGACGAAUUUGAAAUGGCAUCUCCGGAACUCAGAGACCGCCGCCGCCAGGAAAAGCUCACCAAACGACGACGCCGCCGCGAAGAAAGGAUGCCGAACUUCUAUGUCAUCGAGGACCCCAAUCGCACCCGCCACCAUCGUUCGCUUUCAUUUCGUAGGCCGUUGGACAAGGAUCGCCCCAGUUCUUCAAGAGAGCACCGUUCGCCAGUCGAGAAGAUACGUCGCAGAUCGCACUCCCCACGCCGUGCUGGGUCACGCAAGAGAUAU